UAAUUUAUAUAGAGUAGGAUAAUGUCGACGGAGGAAAAUAGCAGUGUCGGUGAAAUGCUGGAGAGUAAAACUGAAGAUUCUCCCUCAAAGUUGGAGAAACAGAUGGCUGGUGAUGUGCAUAUUAAUGGGAAUGUAUUGAAGGAAAAUGGGCUGUGUGAUGAUGGCAAUGUGCUGGAAGAGAGCACGAAUGAGCAGCUUUUGCAGAUGGUUAUUGAGCUGAAAUUUCAGAACGAGUUCUUCAAGUCUCACUUUGAGGGAUUGAAGUCCCAGCAGGAAGCAGAAGAAAGUAGUCAGGAAAGUGGGGAGUCCGCUGAUGUGAAAGAAUUACGUGAAAAGAUCCAGUCUUUGAAUAGAGAACUUAAUGAGGAAAAACAGACACGGGGAGCAGCAGAGAUUGCUUUGGAGCAUCUCCGUGAGGAGUACUCUGAGGCAGAUGCGAAAGCCCAAGAGCUUUCCUUGAAGCUUGCUGAAGCUAAACAGAAAUUGGAUCAAGAAAUCAAAGAACGCGAGGAGAAAUAUACUGAACUUGAUUCAAAGUUUCAAAGGCUUCAUAAAAGAGCAAAACAACGUAUUCAAGAGGUUCAAAAGGAAAAAGAUGACCUUGAAGCCCGGUUUCGUGAUGCAAAUGAAGCUGCUAAGCAAGCAUCAUCAGAACAGUCAUCUCUAAAGCAAGAGCUGGAGCGCACAAGACAACAAGCAAAUGAAGCAUUGAAGGCAAUGGAUGCAGAGAGACAACAAUUAAGAAGUGCAAACAAUAAACUCCGUGACAAUAUUGAGGAAUUACGCUGUUCAUUGCAACCUAAAGAAAGUGCUCUUGAGGCUUUGCAACAAACGCUUUUAGAGAAAGAACAGAUGUUGGAAGACAUGCGAGGGAUGCUACAAUCUGCAGAAGAAAAAAAACAAGCUUCAAUGACUGAGCUUUCUGCUAAACAUCAGAAAAAUAUAGAGAACUUGGAAGGCCAAAUUGCUGAUGCCUUGACAGAUAGGAACAAGGCUGCUGAAACUAUAUCCAAAUUGCAGGUUCUAGUUGCAGAGAAAGAGUCUAAGAUUGCAGAGAUGGAUGCAGCCUCAAGUGGUGAGACAGCACGGUUACGAGCUGCUUUGGAAAGUGUAAAAGGAGAGCUUGCUCAUCAAAAACACGAGCAUGAGAAAGAAAAGGAGAGUUGGGAAGCUGCCUCCCAGGCACUGAAAACAAAGCUGGAAAUAGCUGAGAGGAAUUACAUACGUGCUGAAAUUGAAGCAACCAAAAUGAAAGGUCAACUGGAAUUAGAAGUGUCUGUCCAAAGCCAGAUGCUAAGUAAAAAAGAUGCUGAACUAUUGGCUGUCAAAGAGGAGGUCAACCGCCUUGAAAGUGAAUUUUCCUCGUAUAAGGUCCGUGCUCAUACACUUCUUCAGAAGAAGGAUGCAGAGCUGGCCGCAGCUAUGGACUCUGAACAACUUAAAGCUAUUGAGGAAGCACUGAAAGAAGCUGAGACAGAAGUAUCAUUGGCAUCUGUAGAAAGGGACAAGGCUCUUCAAGAUCUUCAGGAAGCAUUGGCUAAUCAUGAUAAAGAACUUGCCAUAAGAGAUGCAGCUCUUAGCAAUGCCAUGCAGCAGAUAAAGAGCUUAGAAACAAAACUUGAUUCAGCCAAUGUUCAUCUCCAAUCAGAGAAAGAAACAUGGAAAAUAAACCUUCAGAAUUUGGAAGAAUCAUGGCGAUUGAGAUGUGAAGCCCUGAAAGCAGAAAAAGAAGUGCCUUCUGGACAAGAUAUACAGAGAGAACUAGAAGAGCUCGAACUACAGUAUAAAAAACUUAAGGAAGAGCAUGAUUCAUUCCGGGAACUCGCUGAUAGAAUGAUGGAGGAGAAAGAUAAAGAAAUAUCUAGACUUGUUGACUCCAACAGGAAUCUUCAUCAGUCAAUGGAAUCAAGACCCCGUGUUGAUCAUAGCGAUGAUAGCAUCACAGCCAUGCACAAACAAGAUGGAGCAAAUCUAAGCACCUCCUUAGCAGAACAGCAGAUUCUGCUAUUGGCAAGGCAACAAGCUCAGAGAGAGGAAGAGUUAGCACAAUCUCAGCGGCAUAUUUUGGCACUUCAAGAGGAGAUUGAGGAACUUGAACGGGAGAAUCGUCUGCACGGCCAACAGGAAGCAAUGUUGAAGACUGAGCUUCGCAACAUGGAAAGAACGCAGAAAAGAGAUGGUGUAGAUUUGACAUAUCUAAAAAAUGUCAUCUUGAAGCUUCUUGAAACAGGAGAAGUGGAAGCUCUCCUGCCUGUUGUGGCAAUGCUUCUUCAAUUUAGUCCUGAAGAGGUGCAAAAAUGUCAACAAGCAUACCGUGCAUCUACUGAUGUUCCACCAAGCCCAGCAAGUGACACUCCAGGAUCCGGUCUGUCUCUUUUCUCGAGAUUCUCAUUUUCAUAACAGCUGAAAUUACACCCACACAGUUCUUUUACUGAACUGUCUACAACUGCUAUCAAAGUGAAGUGCCGGCGGCUGCUCGCCAGCAGAUUCAAUUCGUAGCCGAGAUGUUGCCGUGGCUGGAUCAUGUAUUCUUUUUGUGCACAGCAAAUUUUUUUGCAACAAUACUGGUUAGAUAUUGUAAAAGAACAGCUACAAGAAAAUAACACGCGUUAAGUAUCAAGAGAGGGAGGAACCACAUCUUGUCAUUACCCAGUUAUGCUUUUCGGAUGGUCUGUCAUGAAGCUAGGCAGGCUAAAAACUCCCCCCUGCUAUACUUCUUUUCUUCCAUUUUUUUUUAUUCAUUGUAUAGGUGAAACUUGAAAGCAUGUUUCGAAACUAUAUGCAAGAACAGUAAUUGAGGAACACGAAAUUGCGUUUUUGUUUCAAUAUAGAGAUUCUGCCACUAUUUGGAGAAUGUGUUUGAUA